AUGUCUACAUGUACAUCUGCCAGUACUUCAACAUCUACAUCUACUCCAUCAAUAAUCACCAACAGUGCACCUGCAACAUGCUCUGUUGAUAUCGACUAUUCCAGUGCAGCUGGCAUUCAACAUCUUUUGACACAAAUAUGUGGCAUAGAAGCAGCUAAACAUGCACUGGGUGGGAGAAGGAUCGAAGAAGAGAAAGUGGAGGUAGUAGAUUUGUGCCUUCCAGCUCCAGAAAGGCUGACCCUGUAUGCUUCCUGUACUCACCUAUUUACACCAGAUGCCUGGUUAUCUGUUGGUGUGAAGAUGAAGCAUUCUGAUGAAGCAACAAGCUUGGUCUUWCCUAUCUGCACUACAGCCGAUGAGCAAUUCUGGCUUUUUCACACCAUCUCAAAGCCAACAAGAAUUGUGAAAUCAGUCAAUACCACUAAGAUCAGAGGUCACUCGCUUGAUCUUAGGCGUGAUGGCUCUUGUGCUGUUUUAAAUAAUGAUCAAGUAUUGGGAAAGAACAUUAUGCGCACUGUCCAUGGCCCUCUUUACUUUGUGUGUUCUGUAAAUAUGGAUUCUGGGGUGCCAUUUUGUUUACCAAGGGGCAUUCGCUCUGUUAUUUUAGUUACACUUAGUCAACAAGGAUUGUGUACUUCGUAAAAAGGGCUUAAUUAAGGACCAAAACAGUUACAGUAAUUACUUCCUUGAAGACAUAGCUUUUGCUAGAAUGUUACGAAUAAUUUGAUGUUUUUCUACUGAGGCCAACUCAAAACCAAAAUUCACUGCUAAUUUUUUACUUUGAUAUGCAAACAUU